AUGGUAUUGGACACCUUUGGGAAUGACCCACCUAACAUGGGUGUCGGAGACGAGAGUCAUUUUGAGGAAGAAGAGCCAAGCCCCCAAGCUAAGAAGUUCCUUAAUCUGCUGAAGGAAUCUGAGCGUCCUUUAUAUGAAGGGAGUACUAUGUCUGUUUUGGAAAUGGCGUCUAGAACUACAAGUUUGAAGUGUAAGUACAAUUUUCCUCACAGGUGUGUGGAUAGGUUUGCUUCUUUGAUGAAUGAAGCAAUUCCUAACAACAACAACAUGGGAGAGACCUUCUACGAGGUUAAGAAAGUAGUGAACGGAUUAGAGCUUCCACAAGAGAAGAUACAUGCCUGUCCAAAAGGUUGCAUGUUGUUUUGGAAGGAUGAUGUGGACUUAUCCAAAUGCAAAGUUGUAGAGUUGUUUGCAACAAAGAACAUUUCACAUGAAAUGACAUGGCACGCAAAAAAUCCUAGAAUUGCAAACACAAUGGCUCAUCCUUGUGAGAGUGAUGCGUGGAAACACUUGGACAAGACCUUCCCAAAAUUUGCAUCAGAACCAAGAAAUGUGAGACUUGGUUUGUGCACUGAUGGGUUUGCUCCUCAUGUUCCCGGUCCUAAAAACCCAAAGAGCAACUUGGAUGUCUAUAUGCAACCACUCAUUGAAGAACUUAAGCAGUUAUGGGAUGUUGGGGAAACCCCUUAUGAUCUUUCGAAGAAGCAGAACUUCACAAUGCGGGCCGCCAUACUUUGGACCAUUAGCGACUUCCUGGCAUACGGAAUGUUAUCUGGAUGGUCAACUUCUGGUAAGAAGGCUUGUCCGUACUGCUUAGACAAAUCCAAAGCAUUCUGGCUCGAUCAUGGUGGAAAAGUUUCAUGGUUUGAUUGUCACCGUCAAUUUCUUAAUCCAAAUCACCCAUUUCGGAAAAGCAAAACAGCUUUUUGUAAGAACAGAGUUGAAAAGGGGUCACCACUGCAUAUUAUGUCCGGUCUAGAGUUAUGGGAAUGCGUGAAGGACUUCCCGAAGGCAACUGAUGGUCCUGCAGAUCUGAAAUUGCUUAAAAAGGCUAAGAAAGUCAUGGAUGUAAAAAAGCAAACUUGUGACACAGUGAGUGCUCGACGAGACAUUGAAAAAUACUGCAGAAGACCAGAACUCCAUGUUGUUACUGAUGAAAGAGGUAAAGAGUCCAAACCGAAAGCCCCAUUUGCCCUCGAAAAGCCCCAGAGGAAGGUCCUUUGUGAAUGGAUUCGGGAAUUACGAUUUCCUGAUGGUUACUCUUCUAAUCUGAGUAGGUUUUUGAAUCAUUUGAAACGCAAAAUCGGAAACAAGGCUCGAGUUGAAGGGUCUAUAUGCAACGCCUACCUUACCGAGGAAAUUACAAACUUUUUCUCCAAUUAUUACCAAGAUGGAGUUGAUACAAAAACUAGAGACCUUAGUAGAAAUGCAAAUGCUAAGGUAGAUUCUAACAUUAAUCCAAAUGAAAAAAUCCCAGAACUAUUCAAGGUUGAUUGUGGUCGUGCUCCUAAUCAAGGACGAAUGUGUUGUCUUGAUACUAAGGAACUCGAAAGGGCACACUUGUAUGUCUUAUCCAAUAGCGGCAUUCUUGAUGUGUAUGAAAGGGAGUUUGUGGAACACAUUCUUCAAUCAAGACCUAAUAUGCGUAGGGAAGAUGUCUGGCAGCAAUUUGAAAAGAAAUUUCUCGAUUGGUUUCGAGAUAAGGUUCUUCAUGACAAGCCGGCUAAAGAUGUGUUGCAUGCAUUGUCGAUGCGACCUUUUAGUCGUGUACGCACUUGGAGGUAG